AUGUUUUUAAAUGUUUUAAAUAAAUAUACUUUAAAUAGAAGUAGAGUAGUUAGUAGUUAUUUUCAAUGUAACACCUCAUUUAUUAAGAAUCAUUAUUGUAACACCAAUAUAAAUAUCAAUUUAAAUAUAUCCAAGAAUGAUAGUAUUGAUAUUAAUAAUAAUAUAUUACCAAAUUUAAAUAUACAACAUCAUUUAAAACAACAACAAACACCACAGACACAAAUAACAACACCACUAACAACAACAACAACAACAAACAAUGAAUUUCUAAAUUUUUAUGCAAACAAAAAUUUGUUAAAUUUCUUGUCUCGGGUACAACAACAGCAACAGCAACAACAGAGUUUGACAACAGCUGAAAGUGCAAAGAAUGAAUCGACAGUAGAUCCAAAUUUGGAUGGCUAUAUUCAAUUGGAAAAGAUAAUGGCAUUGGCAAAGGGUGACAAUAGAAAGUUACUAGAUAUUUCGGUACCUGCGCAGCCUGGCGAUAUCAUUGUUACCUACAACGACAAGUUCAACUCGAUCGAAUUGGUAGUGGUGGUUGGUCUCACAGGCAAUGGAUACACUGUGAUCAAUCAGAAAAACAAAUUCAACUUAUCCAAGAAUGUUCAUAUCAUGACCAUCCCGACAUCCAACGACCAACUUAUCAAGAGUCUUCAUCAAUACAUCGAUCUAAUCGAUCAACAACUCCAACUUCAACCAUACGAUCCAAUCGCUCAACAAUCAAACAAGAGGUUAAAACAACAAGAUAGACAACAACAACAGCAACAACAAGAAGAAGUAGUCGAUAAACAACAAGAAAUAAUACCACCCAAUGAAAUUGUAUGUAUUUCACAACAUCCGAUUUGUCAUACCUUUGAGAAAGUCAAUUUCUUCAUGUUCCAAAUGUCAAACUUUACAAAGCGAGAGAAAAUCAUACCGAUUGAUGAUUUAUACGAUCAAUACAAGAAACCUCGUGGUGGAAAUGGUUAUUUCGAAAUGAAACCUUGGUCUGCCAGCCAGUCACAUUACGAUGUCGUUCCAAUGAUCGAGGUGGCCAAGUCGAUCUACGAACCAAUGUCACAGAGUCAACCACGCAGAGAAAAACAACACGCCAUAUGGCAUGAGAUAUUCUGUCUGUUGAACUCUUACAAUUUCAUCGCUUACAAAUCGACGCUGUUCUCUCUGAUCGAUCCCGCUCAUUUUACAUGUCUGACGGAGCCACGCUCUCAAAAGAUGAUUGGCUUGAUGAACUUACUGAAACGAGAUUCAUUGGAGCUGAAAAUCGUUAUGAAAUACAUCUUCCAGACAUUGAGUUCCAAUGGAGUGCAAAUUCCGCGAUCAGCAUUGUUCCUUAUCAACGAUCAACAAAUUCCAACCAUGUCGGAUCACGUCAACUUCAACAUAUCAUCAUCAUCACCAUCCAAUCUCACAACACAAACAAUUAGAACCGAUAAACUCAAAUCGACAUUCAACGACAUCAUUACAAUCCUAAAGGAUUCACAACACUAUACAUUCACUCAGGAGUUUGGUGUCAUAGUAAAGAAGUAUCUUCUUACUCCCUUUGGAUUAAAAGUAUCACAUCAAAAAGAUAUUAUAAAUAGAUUUGUUGGAAAAAAUCAUAUUCCAAUCGAAUCGAAAUUGUUUACUCAUACCAAUUUCGGAAUUGAACAUUCCAGUUUACUAAAGUAUCAACAACAACAACAACAACAACCAGCAAAAAGUGGAACAGUGCAAACAAAGAUUGGAUCGGCAAAGCGUAUUGUAGAGGAAUCGUUUACUAUCGAUUCUAAAAAGACAAAGGAUGUCGAUGAUGCUGUUGGUAUUCUGAGGGAAGGCGAUGACAUCUAUUGCGUUAUUGACGACAAUGGUGACAUCGUUGGUAGCGAGAUAUUCACAUCUGUCGUUGUGAAUAUCAGAAAGACAAACUACCAGGAAGUAGAUUCCUAUUUGAACAACAGAGAUAGCAAUGGUGGUGUCAACAACAACAAUAGCCAUUCAUUCACAGAGAGUCAACAGAAAAUGUUGGACAUUCUAUACGAGCGUGCCAUUCUCAGACAAAAGAAACGAAGUGCCAAUGCUAUCACAGUAGAUCUUCCACGUCCAGAGCUAAUCGUUGAGAAUGGAAUCAUCCGGCUGACUCAUCCCGAUUUCAAUUCGAAAUCGAAUGUCAUUGUCUCGGAGCUGAUGGUCAGUGCAAACUUUGUGGCCGCUCAGUUUGCCGCUCAGAAUGCUCUACCAAUUCCAUUUAGAUCACAAAAGAAGUCGGAUUUCUCGAGAUUCCGAUCGGAAUACCUCGACAAGUAUCAUCCAUUGGCAUUGGCGUUUGAAUCGACAACACUGAUGAGCAGUGCCGUUAUUUCAACAAGCGAAUCAGCACACUAUGGACUUGGUAUUGACUACUAUACAUGGGCAACAUCUCCAAUCAGACGUUACUCUGACAUUCUCGUACACCGACAAAUCAAACACAUGCUCACCAACAAAUCACCAUUCUAUCAACAACACUAUCUCGAUCAAAUAGUUGAUCCACUCAACAGAAAUAUUAAGACCAUUAAGAAGAUUCAAAAAGACAGUUUAAUAGGAUGGAUUUAUAAAUAUUUGAAUCAAGAGGGACCUAAAUAUUAUAAUGCAGUUUUAUUACCAAAUUCAACAGCUAUAUUGGGUAAAAAGUUUAUGUUGUUAGAUUUAGGUUUGAAUGUAGUUUCGUUUGAUGAAUCGUUCAAUGACUGUCCGACCAACGAAGUUGUUCAGGUAUUUGUCAAUUUCACUCAUGAUGGUAGAAUCGAGUUUUUAAAAGAGAAUCCAAAUAAUAAUACCACAAUAUCUUUACCACCAAGAGAUAGUUUUUAUUGGUUAUUAUUUCCAAUAAUUUUUUUGAUCAUUUUGGCGGGUGCAGCACUUGGUUAUUAUGCACUUUUAAAGAAAAAUCAAGCCGUAAGAGAAGUAGUUAUAGUUAAGGAAUAUAGUGACGAAUCAUCGAAAUUCGAAUACAAAACUGAAGAAGAAUGUAAACCUCAUAAUGCCAAAGAAGAAUUCCAACAGAAUCUCAAGAAUUGCAGUUCAAUUGUCGACUUGAUUGAAUCGAUUCCUAUAUCUCUAGAUUCCACACCACUUCCAUCUCCUCAGCCAGUUGAACCUAUCAGAGUAUCAGAUGUAUCAACUAAAACCGAUUUCGAAGCUAUUAAACCACCAAUCAAUAAUAUCAAUCAUUUAGUUCAUACAAUUGAAAUAGAUAUAGCUAGUAGUAGUUCAUUAAUACCCAAUCCAGAGAGUAAUAAUAAUAAUAAUAAUAACAACAGCUCGACCUUCAUUCAAGAAAUCAACAACACUCUAAUUGGCAAUGAAAAUAGAAACACUUUAAUUCCUGAUCCUACAGAGAUUACAAUUAAUAAUGAAAAAGAAGAAAUAGAAGAAAAUACGAUAAAUAAUGAUGGUGCAGAGCAAAAUACCAAUCAACCUAAAAAGUCAUUUGUUAAUGCAACUACAAAUGUAUUCAAAAAUAUAGUUUGUGAAUUAGAAUCAAUAUUAAAACCAUCUCAACCAGUAGUAGAAGUGAAACAAGAACAACAAAUCGAUAUAAUCGAAGAUAACAAUACCAAUCCAAUUCAAUUAGAGAAUGAAAAGAUUGAUAAUAAUACUCAGAUUAAUAACGAGAAAUCAAGAUUCGAUACAAUAGAUAAAUCGAUUGACGAAGCAUUAGCUAUCAUUAUGGGUGAAUAA